AAAGAGAUGGAAAACAAGACAAUGUCAACAAGCUUUCAAAGUGAAGCUAAGGAUUUCAAUGAAGAAAUGAAGCUAACACAAAACACAGCCUAUCAACCAGUAGUAAAGACUGAUACUAGUACUGAAGAAGCAAUGUACUCAGAUCUUCAUGACUACUCAGAUUAUCAGCUACCAAAAGCUAAUGUUAAGGAUACCAAACCUCCUCAACAACCAGUGCAGUAUACUGUAGGAAAGAAGUCAUUUGCUGCAAUAAUAAUUCUACUGGUGAUCAUAAUAUUCCUAUUGGUAGCUAUACUUGUACUUAACUUAAUAUCAAAAGAUACCUUCAUGAGUACAUGUACAAGUAAUGCAAGCAGUAAUAGUGCUGGCCUCACUAAUAGUGGUAAUACUGCUAUUAACUGUAACCUGUCACUGAUACAGGAUAAAAUAGAUCAUUUAAUGGAACUGUGUGCUGCUAAAAAUGACUCAUUACUUCAGA